UGAUGGAGAAUACUGGAGUCAGCAGCGUGAGUGACUUUUGACGGGACCGGUUCUAAGACGCCGCGACAGCGAAGAUGCUGGGCUUGUUCCUCGGCCCUGUGCUUUUCCUCUUGGCACACGGACUUCCCUCGCCGCCAGGAUCCUUCCAGUUGCGCUUAGCCGGCAACAGGCAACGAGAAAAUGAGGGCCGCUUGGAGGUGUUCUACAACAACGCCUGGGGUACCGUUUGCGAUGACGACGUGGACUUGACGCUGACAAACGUUGUCUGUAGAGAGCUGGGCUUCCAGCGCGGCCUCACCUGGGCACACAGCGCCAGGUUCGGGGAAGGCCAAGGAGUGAUCUGGCUGGACAACGUGCGCUGUGUGGGCACAGAGAGGUCCCUGGCAGAGUGCCAGUCCAACGACUGGGGCACCCAUGACUGCACGCACGCGGAGGACCUGGGCGUGGUCUGCAGCGGCGAGAGGCGGUCCGGCUACCGCCAGCCGAUGACGCCGGCGGUGUCUCCGUACGGGCGGGUCACGGCGCCGGUGCGGGGUCACGAGAUCGCCCUGGGCCGGAACUCAAACUGGCCGCGGACGAGUUACCCGUCCACGUCGGCCCGCGGUCACAGCAUCCAGCUGCGCGGCGGGUCCGACAACGCGCUCGCGCGUGGCAACGAGCGCCGCCUGCCGCGCGGGCACGAGAUCCCGGCCCGGCUCGGGAACAGCGGUGCGUACCGGCAGCAGCAAAGCACCAGGCAGGAGCAGGAGAGACACCAGUACAGUCAGGGACAAGAAACUGCUGCACAGUAUGGACACUCAACCCGACAGGAACAUAACAGGGUUGACAACCACUACAAUACGGGCUACGAGGACCAAUAUCCGUAUGGCCAGCAAACCAGACGAGAAGAGAGCAAUAGCCAUAAUUCUGCUCUCAGUAAGUUGAGGAUCGAGGAGGUCCGGCUGAGACCCAUCGUAGCGGGCGCCAGGAACCAGGGCCUCAUCUCAGAAGGUGUGAUUGAAGUGAAGCAUGCUGGGAGGUGGAGGCACGUGUGUGACCAGGGUUGGAGCCUGAGCAGUAGCCGUGUGGCUUGUGGCAUGCUGGGAUUCCCUGCCGCAGAACAACAUGAUGUUGCCAUGUACCGGAAAAUGUGGAAUACAAAGUUAGCAGAUCCAUCAACCAGACUCAGAACCAUGUCCAGUAAGAAGGGCUACUGGGUGGAGAAGGUGCUGUGCGCGGGCGCAGAGAACAGCCUGUCCGACUGCCCGGGUCAGCUGUCCAUCGCGCGCAAUGACCAGCCCUGCAUCGGCGGCAUGCACGCCGUCGCCCGCUGCGUCCCGGGACGACAGUUCUCCAGGAUGGCGCCCGGGAGACCUCAGGCACCCUACUUGGUGCAGCCGGUGGUGCGGCUGAAGUCGGGGCCCCGCCUAGGUGAGGGGCGGGUGGAGGUUCUGCGGGAGGGGAAGUGGGGCACCGUGUGUGACCACCUCUGGGACAUUACCGCCGCCAGCGUGGUGUGCAGGGAGCUCGGAUUUGGAACCGCCAAGGAGGCUCUGCACCGUGCUUACAUGGGCCAAGGGACGGGGCCCAUCCACAUGAACUCGGUGCAGUGCACGGGGAGGGAGCGCUCCAUCAUGCAGUGCCAGUACCAGGAGGUUCCCCUCAGGACCUGCAAACACAGCCAGGACUCGUCUGUCCGCUGCAACGUGCCCCAAACGGGCCUGGAGAACACGGUGCGGCUGGCCGGGGGGAGGGCACCGGGCGAGGGGCGUGUAGAGGUGCUGAUGGACGUGGGUGGGCACAGGCGCUGGGGCGCGGUCUGCAGCGAGAACUGGGGCAUCAAUGAGGCGAUGGUGGUGUGCCGCCAGCUGGGCUUCGGCUUCGCUUCCAGUGCCCAUCAGGAAACGUGGUACUGGCCAGGAGACCCCAGUGCCAGUAUGGUGGUCCUGAGUGGGACCCACUGCACAGGGAAUGAGCUCUCCAUUCAGAGGUGUCGCAGGAAUGACAACGUGUACUGCCCCCGCGGGGGAGACUCCAGGGCAGCGGGAGUUACCUGUGCGGAGAUGGCCCCCGACCUAGUCAUCGACGCUCAGCUGGUCCAGGAGACGGCCUACCUGGAGGACCGGCCCCUGCACCUGCUCACCUGCGCCCACGAGGAGAACUGCCUGUCGUCCUCCGCCGCCCGCAUGACCUGGCCCUACGGGCACCGCCGGCUGCUGCGCUUCUCCUCGCGCAUCCACAACCUGGGCAGGGCCGACUUCCGCCCCCGCGCCUCCCGCGAGUCCUGGGUCUGGCACCAGUGCCACAGGCAUUACCACAGUAUUGAGGUGUUCACGCACUAUGACCUCCUGACGCUCAAUGGCACCAAGAUCGCUGAAGGUCACAAAGCCAGCUUCUGUCUGGAGGACACUACCUGCCCUGACGGUCUGCAGAAACGCUUUGCCUGUUAUAACAUGGGGGAGCAGGGAAUCUCUGUGGGCUGCUGGGAUACCUAUCGCCAUGACAUCGACUGCCAGUGGAUCGACAUCACGGACGUCAGGCCUGGGGACUACCUCUUCCAGGUGCGGGUAAACCCCUCAUUGGACAUGGCAGAGUCAGAUUUCCUGAACAACGUGAUGCGCUGUCGCUGCAAGUAUGAUGGGAACAGAGUCUUCCUCCAUGGCUGUCACACAGGAGAUGCCUACAGUGCAGAGGUGGAGGACCUGUUUGAUCACCAGCAGCAGCUCUCCAACAACUUCAUCUAACCCCAGCUCUGACCCGGGUUGCGAGUCCGGAACGCCCCACGGACGGGGCGGGAUGGGACGGGGUCAGGAUGGGGGGGGGGUCACGGAGGCACGCGUCUCGGUGCACACGUCACAUCACAGGGGUCACUGACGGCACCUGGCCAUUUAUGGAGCAUUGCACACGACAAUGGAUGCCCACUCAGUGAGAGGAGAGAGAGAGAGAGAGAAAGUGAGAGAUGGGGAGAGAGAGAGAGGGAGAGCUGAGAGAGAGAAAGAGAGGAGAGAGAGAGAGCGAACAGCUCUGUGGUUAGUCUCACCAUGGCCACUAAGGAGCAGGGCAUGGCUAUCACAUCAAUUAGUCCUCCUCUUCCUCAACUGAAUUGACUGUUUCAUCAAUUACAUGAGCGAGAACAUCAUGAUUCCCCUGAAACUCUGACUUGCCUGCACCCAAGAACUUGCCAGGAGGAAGGAGGGCUCUUCACCGCAAUGCCAGGGGACAGGUGUUGCCGUGGCAACGGGCAUAGUGUACUUAAGAACUGCCUCUCCAUUAAAUCUCAGAUCCAAACAGACAUUGAUUCCUCUGUUAAUUUUCUUUCAUUUUUUCCUCACUAUGUAUAACUUAAUCGAAGGUAUGUUUUAACACCUACCAAAGCUUGAAUUUACACACAGAUUAUUAUAUAUAUUAAAACUAAGACAAAAAAAAAACAAGUUUUAAGAUGGCAUUUGUCUUCAAUAAGUUCAAAUAUAAUGGUAUUAUUGAACAUUAUAAGCAAAGGCAGCCCUCUGUCGCUAAUAUGUAACACUCUUUUGUGAAUGAACAAGACAGAGAACAAAUUAACAAGUAAGAUAAUUUCAUGUUGGAUCCUAUAACAAGUCCAGCUGUACAUGUGCAGGGAACAUAUCUCUUUAUUACAAAAGAAGCUGCUUUGAAAAUGCAGGUUUACCUUGUUUUUCCCCGGAUAUAUACUAUCUAUCUGGAUAUUGGUGCUUCAGUGUUUUUUUGUUAUCAUGGUGCUAUUUCUUCUAUUUAUCACACAGUAUUACCUUCAAAGACAGUGUGUGUUAUUGUGUAUAAAUAGGAAUAUUUUUGUUGUUAGAUUUUGCUAUUUUAAAAUAAAUGUUAUAAGGUAAUGCACAUGCAUUGUCAUGUACAGUUCUCAGUGUUGCCAAAGUAAAACAAAUACAUAAAUUCCGGUAGAGCUGUAGUUUUAGAUAUUUCAGAUGAAAAUGUUUUGUCUUUUACUCUGUUUUAGGAAAUACUGUCAUAACAGGUGAAGUUAUAUUAAUGAAAGGAUGCACUUUUAUCUGUUUUAUCGUCAGUAUUCAAGCAGUUCUGUUUGUUGGAAUUGGAAUUGCCCAAUAAAGAUACCCAACAUUGAAAAAAUAAACAGUGUAAAUUUACAAAAUGGUCAUCAGACUAUUGUUAUUUAAAGAUUGUUUUUUCCUGAAUGACCUUGCAGUUUAAAUAUCCAAGCUUUCAUAUUUAGUGCUAUUUUAUUAAAUAUUACAGAUUCAAUGGUGACAGCACAAAAAGACCAUAUUAUUUGGCUUAAACAUUUGUGUAUAGUACAAGUAACUUUUUAUAUAACAUAAGUUUAACUUAGUUUAUAUGAUAGUAGUAGGGUAGUCUGCAGUCUGACUUUUUAAUUAGUCAGCUACAAUCGUUCAAUGAUGGUAAUGUGAAAUGGUGUCAGUACUGUUAAUGUGUUCCCAGGACAAAUUUCCUCAGCAAAGAUCAGCUCAACAGAUUCAUUAAUGGGCGACAAACCCAGUGCAGAGCAUGGAUUCUCAAAAAGGAGAAACCCCAUUUUAACCAGGAUAGCCUGGACUGUGUAACGUCCUCCCCCUUUUCUCUUGCUAAAGGAUGGAAAACUCCUUGAGAGGACAACAUGGACAUGAAAACAGCCCCCAAACCACCCCCCUACCCCCCACCUCCCCCCAACACCCACCCCUCACCACAAAACCACAUUUAUAGCCAUCCCAAAUCUUACUGUUGGCUGAGAGGAUUCCGUGAGGAUGGAAACAUUUUUUUAAUCUUAAAAAAGUAACAGAUCUUUUUAAGUUCUGCUAGAGAUGCUGUUGGUUUAUUUUUAUUUGUUUUAUUUGGUUUAACAAGUCAAUGUACUUUAAUAUUCAUUAAAAUGCUCGUCUUUUAAAAAUAAUGUAAAUACUGUCUCUCAUCUCCCUGCUGCAAAAUAGUGUUAAGCAUUUCUUCUUUUAGAAUUUAUUUUAUGUGCAUGCAUGCGGGUGUAUAAAAUUUUAUCUUUGUUAAAUUCUCAGCUAAACAAAAUCCUAUUUUGGCUGUGCUACCUGUACCAGCAGUGCCCCCACAUAAAGUACGAUGUAGAAGUGCAAAGCAAAGAAAUGUUUUUUUCGAGAUUACUCCAGAAAUAAAAUAAAGACUUGGAAAUGGA